CUCGGAACAGAAUCGCCGCGUCGAACGCCCCAGACCGUUGCUCAGGCUCGGUUCGAUCCUCUGGCCAUCACCUCUCAAUCCCCAGACGAGGCUAGGCAUCGCCUCCGCUUUUCCAAGAGUCAGGAGUGGCGCACCAGUCUACGCGUACACCACCUGCCACCGGCGACUCGGGUCCCUCGUCCCGCGAAGGACCAUGGAGGAUUCCACAACCGAUGACGUCACCUACCGCGCACAGCGCAACGCGGCUCGGGGGGCCGCGGAACAGGAGUCCACCUUGCGCUACCGGCUGCGCCACCAGAACUUCUGCCUCGCGGUCCUCCUGUUCGUCGCCAUUCUCACGGUGACGAGCGCCUGCGGAGCCAUCGUCUACGCCGUGGUCGAGCACUUCUGGACGUCCCUGGAGGACGUCGAUCAAACUACGCCCUCCGCGGACUCCGGCGCUUCUCCGGCCGGAGGCAGCAGGUUGGUGUUCGGGUCCCCCGCCGCCGAGGUCGUCAUGCAGCGGCUGCCGCACGCCAAGGAAACUAGCGGUGGCGUUGUCUUCUGCUUCGUCAACCACAGCGUCUCUUCGGGGUCCCCGCACCGGUUCUACGUGGACAACGCGACGGCCGCCCUCUGCGACGCGCUCGUCUUCGUCUCAGUCGCCCUGCUGCCCGCGGUGAGCGGACUGGCCUUCAGACGACCGACCCGCGACGCCGAAGCGCUCCAGGUCUUGGUCUCCCUCGCCGGAUCGUCGUCGGCAGCGUGGGCUUGCGUGGGCGGCGAAUCCUCGGACAGCGGCGACUUCGAGUGGCUGAUGGCCGAGCGCAAGUCGAGGGCGGCCUUCGUCCACAACGCCGCAGCCUGGUCGCGCCGCGUGGGCGUCGCGGGCCUGCUGCUCUACUGGAAGUACCCGCCCCGCCAGAGCCGCUCCGUCUACAACACCUUCGUCAACACCAUGCGCAACGCGUUCGAGAGGGACUCGCUUCGCCUGAGCGUGGUGGUGCCCUGGGCCACGACCGCGCGCCUGGAUGGCUACGACGUCCGGUCGCUGUACGGCCACCUGGACUUCGUCGUGGUGGACACGCACCGCACGGUGGACCCGCGCACGUUUCCGGUGACCACGUGCCAGACCCCCAUGCGCGCGGCGUUCAGGGCGCGGCACCACGGACAGGCCGGCCUGUCCUCGGUGCUCGACGACCUCUCGAUGGACGCCGAGCACUUCCUCGGCAAGACGGUGCUGAGCGUCUCCCUGUCGGCCGUCACGUUCACCCUCAGAAGGCCAUGGGUCAGGCGCGCGCGACCCGGAAUGAGCGCCGCGGGUCCCGGCCGCCCCUUCGGCCGCACCAACCAGCCGGGCCUGGCCAGCUACUACGACGUGGCGCGGGCGCUGUCCCAGAACGCGUCGUGGCGGCGGGAGACGCACGCGUUCUCUCGCUGCUCGCUGGUCCGUCUGGGAGACCAGUGGUUGGGAGUCGAGGACCGCGGCAGCUUACGCUCCAAGAAGUCGGCUGUCCGCAGGACGGCGGGACUGGCCGUCUGGGACCUGCCCAUGGACGACUUCGCCGGCGAGCUGGGCACCGCCUGGCCUCUGCUUCGCGCUGCCCACGAAGUGGUGCACGGCUGAUGCCCCAGCGCGCAGGCCUGAUGCCAUUGACGGGUGCCUGCUGGAAGGGCCGCCGAG